UCCCCGCCGGGCUGGGGUGGGGACCACCCCCGGUCCACGACCCCUAUUGGGGGUGGGCGAGGCCCCAUUGGGCUGGGAUCUGUUCGUCCCCAGUCUCUAGUGGUCUUUAGGCCGGGAGGUGGGGUACAUCUCCAUUUUAUAAAUCCGCUCUUGACUGGGGUGGUUGUAUUACGUGGAGUAAGCUUUCUACUCCUACAAUAUUGGGAAGCAGAGGUAUUGUAAGUUCGCUCUCUAACAGUAUUGAGGUUUAUUCCUCUGUGCAGUAUAUUGGUAAGAAUAUGAGUCCUGAGGUCUCUGUGGUGUCAAGUUUCACUGCUCCCCUCUUGCACAGUAUUGGGGAUUAACUUCACCCUGUUGUUAAUGUAACCUGCUUCAAACUGUGUCCUGAGUUCCCUGCACCACAGUGGCACAGCAAGUAGAGCCACUGCUUCACAGCUCCAGCGACUGAGGUUCGAUCCUGACCUUCGGUGCCCUCUGUGUGGGUUUGAAACCUGUAUGUCUUGGUUGUAGAGAGUGGCUGUCGAUGGAGGGAUUUUGGGGACUUGCGUUGAAGGUGCUGUCAAUAUGGCUGAUCCUAGGGAUCACUCUCAUUAUGCUGCCUGCCAUGUUUGGUGUUUCACUUGGGAUAACAGAACUUUACAUGAAGAUUCUGGUCAAGACACUUGAGUGGGCCACUCGGAAGAUACAGAAGAAAGCCCAGGAGAAGCCUGGCCAAUCCUACUCCCCCUCCAAUGAAAUUAUUGAGAAGCGUGACAAAGUCUCCCUGGAAGAAGAGAUCACGGAACUGAGGCGAUAUUCAAAUAGAAACAAACCUGUUCCUGAGGGCGACUUUGACCUCUCUGAUGUGUUCUACUUCUCAAAGAAAGGAUUUGAGGCCAUUGUUGAGGAUGAAGUGAUCACUCGGUUCAGCUCAGAAGAGUUGGUCUUGUGGAACCUGUUAACGAGAACCAACAAAAACUUCCAGCACAUCAGCAUUCGACUGACCAUAGUCUGGGGUCUGGGAGUUGCCAUUCGAUAUGGGGUCCUCCUGCCUCUGCGGAUCACUUUGGGUCUGAUUGGUAUUAGCUGGUUGGUGAUCGGAACCAGUUUAGUGGGACAGCUACCAAACAGCAGUGUGAAGAUGUGGCUCAGUGAGCUUGUUCACUUGAUGUGCUAUAGGAUCUGUGCAAGGGGACUGUCUGCAACAAUCCGUUACCACAACAAAGAAAACAAACCAAAGAGAGGAGGUAUUUGCGUUGCAAAUCACACCUCACCAAUAGAUGUCGUCAUACUGGCCAAUGAUGGAGGUUAUGCAAUGGUUGGACAAGUGCACGGGGGACUGAUGGGAAUUAUUCAGAGAUCCAUGGUCAAGGCCUGUCCACACAUCUGGUUUGAACGUUCCGAAAUGAAAGAUCGCCAAAUUGUAUUAAAAAGACUAGGUGAUCAUGUUGCAGAUAAGACAAAACUACCAAUUUUAAUAUUUCCUGAAGGUACCUGCAUAAACAAUACCUCAGUUAUGAUGUUUAAGAAGGGAAGCUUUGAGAUAGGAGGCACUAUCUAUCCAGUUGCAAUCAAGUAUGACCCUCAGUUUGGUGAUGCCUUUUGGAACAGCAGUAAAUAUGGAAUGGUGACCUACCUGCUCCAAAUGAUGAGCAGCUGGGCAAUUGUCUGCAACGUGUGGUACUUGCCUCCAAUGACUAGACAGGAAGGGGAGGAUGCUGUACAAUUUGCCAAUCGAGUGAAAGCAGCCAUAGCUCAGCAAGGAGGCCUUGUGGAUCUUGCCUGGGAUGGAGCCCUGAAAAGAGCCAAAGUUAAAGCCAGUUUUAAAGAACAACAACAGAAAUGCUACAGCAAGACAAUUGUUAGGAAUGAAAGUUACUGAAGAGAAAUGAGAUGAUUGUCCAUCCAUCCCUUCUGAUGGUCGUUGUUUACAUCUUCACGUGACUUGGGUUAAUUGAAUGUCUUCUCUUUAUUUUUGUAACAUGUGCAAAUUUAUACAUCAAAUCCCAAAUAGAAUAUCUAUAAAUGAUAAAGAUUCAGCUGUGUUUGAGUGUUGACUUAUGAGAAGUACAGCUGGAUGAUCAGGAUAUCAGUUCUGUUUGUUCCAUCUUUUUCUUUAAAGCUGUGCUCCAGGGGUCUAAUAACUGCAACAUAGUGGCAAGCCUUGGUGAGGACGUUUAUCCUUCUGUUUCCAAGGUUGGCUUGCUGAACCAUGACUUUCACCUAUUCAGUGUUAUGUUGCUUGUGCCUUUGUCGCCCCAGAAAGCAGUGAGCAGCAAAGGAGGCUGGGAGCCAAGGCUGUGUGAGGCCUGUUUUUGUACAGGUCUUAGCUUGCCAAUCAGUUUCUGAGCAGCUAAUGCCAUUUGUAGAAAAGGAAGAAUGAAAGAGAUUAAAAUUACAACUUUUAUACUGGUUUACAUAUUAGAUGGGUUUCGUGGUAACCUCUGGACUAUGUACAUAUGUUUGUUGAAAUGGUUGAUCUUAUCUGAGGAGAAUGUCUGGGGUUGCAAAAGUAAUUUUCGGUCUCCAAAAUAUCUGGUCUCAGUAAAAGAAAAGAUCAAGGUUGGCGUUUUGAACAUUGCAUAGAGCCAUAUGAGUAUGCCUGGCGUGUGGGCUGGGAAUCGUAGUCAUGUAAAUUAUAUCUGCAACUUAUGGAUGUUCUUUGAUCCAGAAGCAGUAGGAGGUGAAGAUGUGUGCUCUGGCUUUGAGGAAUAUUGUGACUGCCACAGAUAUUUUCAAAGGAAACUCAUCACUAAAUUAAACUGGUCUGAAUACUGCAGGUUGUUGUGAAAGGCUGGAAGAACUUUUUUUUUGGCUUACUCAAGUUUUAGAACAUGUAUGCACUUCCAAAGAGAUUUUAAAACCCAACAAGCAUCUGUUACUGAUACUCAAUUGAGAUUUUUCCAAAUCAAGCUGAUUUGUAAUUAGCUCAUCUGCAAAUAAAUUAACAAGUGUAAAAUGCACACAAUGCCAAUGCCACAUUACAUGAGUUGUUCCAUGCCCAAUUGUUUGCAAAACAAUAAAAAGACAUGGAUUUUGAGGAAAUAUUUCCAGUGAUGUCUGAAUUAUUUUGUUAUCCUUCAUCCUGACUGUUUUAUGUGGAAUUCGUCGGUAUACUGCUCCAGGAAGCUCCUGUGUCAUUUUCAGGGACUUCCAAAGACACCAAAAAGCAAAGGAUGCUUUCUCAGUGGUGAGUACAAUUAGUCAUUUCUACCACUGCGGCAGGUAAUACAUUCACACAUUACUUAAUCAUAAAUUAAAGCUAUUCCUGCUUUGUAUUUGCAAGUUUGUAUUUAUGAAUACCUUAAAAAUAUGAAACUGGCAAAACCAAUUUAAACUACUUAUUUCAGACUGGGCAGUAUCAACAUGGCAUCUCAUAAACCUGAAUCUGUUUAAUAUACUCUUAUUCUUUUUGUUCUGAAACCAAGGAUCAAGUCUCUGCCACAGCUAAUGAAACACAUUUUUGUAUUUGUGUUUCUCUGACGUAUCCAAAUUGAAAUAAAAGUGAAAAUGCACAAUUUUUUUCUGCUUGGGUGAUGACAAGAACUAUUUUUCUUAUGAGGAUAGAUGCAAACAGCAAACAUAUGAAUGCCACCAUCGAAUUCUGAAAUAAUCUCUGAAUAAUGGUUAUAAACAGGAUUUCUUUUAAAAACUGCCUCUACUGUGUCUUUAAAAUGUAAUCAGAUUGAAUGUUGGAAAGGAAAAGCUAGAUUCCAAUGAAAUCACAAAGUUUGUUAGACACAAUAUUCCUUACACAACAAGAAAUGAAGAUCAGACUUUAAAGUUGGCUAAUUGGGAUAUCAAAAUGUCCUUAUUUAUCUGUGCCUAUUUGAAGUCCUUUGUUGGCAAAGUCAUAAGGAGCUAAAGAGCAAAUGAACAUUUGAGAAGUGCAGAGAGUUUAUUGAGUUGAGUUAUCAGGGAUAUAGCUGGGCUGCACAAGGUUCUUGGUACCAAUGCACUGUUAAUUUGGAAUUGGUCACUGGAUUUUUUUUAAAUUAAUGGUAAGUCACUGGUAUUUGAGGUACUACAGGCUUUGUCUGGUUUAGUUCUGGUUUUUUUAUAUAACUUGCAUCGUGCUCCUUGUGUAUUUUUAGAAAUAUCUCUGUGAAAAGCAAAAAAUUGAUAACCAGAAAGAAUGGUAACAAAAAUUUAAGAUAGUUUGGCUAAGCCACCCUGAUAUUGGCAGAUAUAGCUGAAUUUAGAGGUACCAGGUUCUCAAGAGAUUUAGGAAUGUCAGAUUUAAGACAAAGCUACCAGUGUAGAAGGUGAUUCAUCCAUAGCAGUGGAUGCAGGUGGACCUGAGAGGACAUCUCCAGACAGGGGUUCAUCACUCUGCCUCAAAGUGAUCCUCCCAAGGAAGGUGAAACAAACCCACUUGGGCAGGAUAAAGUGGUGAGUGUUCCAUAAACAUCUCUAAUCAUACACAUUAAGUGGGGUAAGAUUCAUCUUUUGUGUGCAUUCAAUAGUAGAAGCCAGAGAAAUGGCUUGUGGUUUCCCUGCCUCUGCAUGUUAACAUCAAUGGAACAAAGUAUUUGGGAAGUAGUAGAGCUCAGUCACCACACCUAUGCACACGCUUACCAUCUGUGACUCGUUUUUGCUCCAUCGGUUUCAUUGAACAGACUGGGUAUCUAUAGAUUGAAUGUAAACUAAUUCCAUUAAUUUCAGAGAAUGAUUUCCACUGUAAAUUUGUAAGUAGUUAAUGUUGCUUUGGAGAGAAAUAACUUUUAUUUUCUCCAAUAGCUUUACGUAUGCUGUUUAAGUGCUGCUACAUAUGAUUAAUAAACAAUUGUUCAUGACUA